AAACCAUCACGCCAGCGACUACAACACCGCAGAAAUGGCCCCUUCACGAGUCACGUACCGUCGCCGCAACCCCUACAACACCACGUCAAACCUGACGCGGGUUGUCAAGACCCCUGGCGGCGCGCUGCGGGUGCUUCACAUCAAGAAGCGCGGCACUGCCCCGAAGUGCGGCGACUGCGGCAUCAAGCUCCCUGGUAUCCCCGCUCUCCGCCCUCGCGAAUACGCCCAGAUUUCGAAGCCCAAGAAGACCGUCCAGCGUGCCUACGGCGGCUCAAGAUGCGGCAACUGUGUCCGGGACCGGAUUAUCCGGGCGUUCCUCAUCGAGGAGCAGAAGAUCGUUAAGAAGGUGCUGAAGGAGCAGAGCCAGGCCGAGAAGAAGAAAUAAAUGCACUUGGUUUUGGUUCGGGGCGCAGGUUGACGGUCUCAUUGCUUCGGUGUUCACUUGGGAAACGGGCUGCAUGCCAUGCAGGCGCACACACAGCCAGGGUUGGCUGUCUCUGAUUCAUAGGGCUGCUUUCUACGCCGGAAUGAACUUUUCAAUGGAAGUGGACUUCAGGCCGUGUUUCAUGGGCUGGGAUGCUGUGGAAAGUACGGCUACGGGGGUUCUGAGCGCCGGAUGGCAACCGGUUACGGUCACGAGCGAGCAAUUCAGGCAGUCACGCCUCAAUGCCGGAUUACGGGUGAUGUUGACGAAGGUAGCGUGGCCUCCGUCCACCAGCGUUUUGACAAGCGACUCGUUUCCCG